AUGCCUCUUCGGCUGCUGGUGGAAGGCGGCCAGUCUCCGAAACGCUCCAUUAAACGGCAACUAUUAAGAAAUAGGGUCCGAACAGAGGCCCGGUGGAGAUUUGAGACGGACAAAGACACCGGCCGAUGGCGAUAUGUGCUUCUGGCAAGUGGCCAACUCUCGCUGCCCUCUGAUGAGACGACUGUGGGCAAAGACGUGCGCGUCAUAUCCGGGCGUGCUUCGUUUCUUCCGGAGCCAGGCAAGUCUCUCGUGCGAGAUUUGAGCAGUUGUUUAGUUAAGAUCCAGCCGACGGCGAUCAGGGCAAGAAACGACCGGAUCAUCUCGUCACGAGGGCAUCAUCCACAGCCAAAAGCAAAUGGUGGCAGCGGCACCGAGAAAAUCCUCGGCAUUGAUGCUAAAACCAUGGAGCUUCUGGAAAAGAGCAGUCCGUCAGAAUUGGCACCAUACGGACUCUCCACGCCGCUACCGCCCUCAUACACGGCCGAGUUCAGCCCGUUCAAGCCUGUGACGCAUGGCCAAGCGCGUUUUACAAAGUUUGCAAUCGUUGACAGGUUCGACCAAGUCAUAUCUGGCAUCCGCCUGAGCCCGAAUGGCGAAGGCGCCCUGUAUUCGAGUAUCUCGCCAGUCCAGACUGGCUGGUCACCAUCUCCACCACCACCUGUGAGAGUCAGUUGCCUAGGCACUCAAGACGUGAUGGACUCACCACCACUUCUGCAUAUUUCACCCAUUCACCAUGGCCUCUCAGGCUGCACCCUUCCCCGAGCCCAGUCAAAUUUUACAGUCGUCGUGCCAAUGGCUGUCCUAGCCCUCGUCGUUGCACACGACUUUGACCAGACGGUCGCGCGCAACUCGCUCCUUUCGUCGAGCCCAACUACGCCACCCUGCUUCAGCAUCCCGAGGCUAGGACUCCAUGACAAGGUCGUGCAGUUCCGCCCGGCGCCAGAUCGGUGGAUCAUCGUCCGUCAGGUCCGCGGCAAGCCCGACUUUCAAAAAGAACAUGGGACGUUUUCGUGGGUUGUCUUUUGGAGUUUCUGGUCUUUCAUCCUUACAAUUAUUGUAAUGGCUUUUACUAUUGCCCGGUUCUAUAAGAGCUAA